CUCUACCGAUCUUUUCCGGGUCGAGAAAUUAGCACACCCAUGAAUGUGAGCUAGAGGGCCCACAUUGUUCAUUUAAAAAAUCACCGAAGGAUACAUAAUCGGACAUUUAAACACUUCCAGUACAGGACAUUCAAGUGUAUCGUUCUGUAACCAUAUGACACAGCGAUGCCGGGGCUCAGCUGUCGAUUUUACCAGCACCGGUUCCCUGAGGUGGAGGAUGUUGUGAUGGUGAACGUGAGGUCCAUCGCCGAGAUGGGUGCCUACGUCAGCCUGUUGGAGUACAACAACAUCGAGGGCAUGAUCCUCCUGAGCGAGCUGUCACGUCGACGUAUCCGCUCCAUCAACAAGCUCAUCCGCAUAGGCCGCAAUGAGUGCGUGGUCGUCAUCCGAGUAGACAAAGAGAAGGGAUACAUUGAUUUAUCAAAAAGAAGAGUUUCACCAGAGGAGGCCAUCAAGUGUGAAGAUAAAUUCACCAAAUCUAAAACUGUGUACAGCAUCCUGCGACACGUGGCAGAGGUGCUGGAAUACACGAAGGACGAGCAGCUAGAGAGCUUCUACCAGCGCACCGCCUGGGUGUUCGAUGAGAAAUACAAGCGGCCAGGAUACGGAGCCUAUGAUGUCUUCAAACAGGCUGUAUCAGAUCCUGCCAUUCUGGAUGGGCUGGACUUAACAGAGGAAGAGAAGAAUGUGCUGAUUGACAACAUCAACAGGCGACUCACUCCACAGGCUGUCAAAAUCAGAGCAGACAUUGAAGUGGCGUGCUACGGGUAUGAGGGCAUUGAUGCCGUGAAGGAAGCUCUGAGGGCCGGGCUUGGCUGCUCCACAGAGGUCAUGCCCAUCAAGAUCAACCUGAUUGCUCCCCCUCGCUACGUGAUGACAACGACCACUCUGGAGCGCACAGAGGGCCUGUCUGUCCUCAACCAGGCCAUGGCUGCUAUCAAGGAGAAGAUCGAAGAGAAGAGAGGCGUCUUUAACAUCCAGAUGGAGCCUAAGGUGGUGACAGACACGGAUGAGACAGAGCUCGCCCGGCAGCUGGAGAGGCUAGAGCGGGAGAAUGCUGAGGUGGACGGAGACGACGACGCAGAGGAGAUGGAGGCCAAAGCAGAGGACUAGAGUCAGUCCUCACAGGAAGGCUGAUGGGGAAACAACGUCAAUGCAGAAAUGUGGACAGACCUGGCCACAGUCAUUCAGUCCAACAGAUGUUAACUUUCACAUUGCAAACAUUAACAGGCGUUUAUAGUUCAUUGGCAAACGUCCCGGUUUGUUCUUUAGCAGGGUUUGUUUCAGAAGAUGGUAACACGAGAAAGCUGUCUUGUUAUGCAGACAUGGAAGAAAAUUAAACAUCAAUGUAGUUUCUAUUUUUAAGUACACCAAUUUGAAUAAAUAAUAACUCUAAGACAACAAAAGCUGUUUACAAGCAGUGGCCUUCACUUACCUCUUGCUUUAGAGCCCAGUGUCUUCAGUAUCCAUGGCGCUUCAUCUCUGGCUGGUCACUUGAUGUGAUUGAUUUAAAGGGGAAACACAGGCUCGUCUGUCUCAACACCGGUCAAUGGUGACUUUUUGUGCUGUUUCUCUUCCAGUUAAAGGGUUUUUACUGGCAAGACCUGCUUUUGUUUAGCUCACAUGGCAUCAAUAAAGUUCUGGAAGUUUUGAUCUCAA